AUGAGUUGUGCCCCUAAUGCUUCGCACUUUCCAAUUUUCUUGCUCCUUGGGUUCUCAAGAACUAGCAUCCCCCAUGGCCUCCUUUUUUUCCUGUUCCUGACUAUUUACUUGGCCACCAUCUUGGGGAAUGUGACUCUGGUACUGCUCAUCUCCUGGGAUUCCAGGCUCCAAUCGCCUAUGUAUUAUUUGCUCCGUGGUCUCUCUGUGAUAGACUUGGGGCUAUCCACCGUAAUCUUGCCUCAACUGUUGAUUCAUCUCGCCUCUGGUUACCCAGCCAUCCCUGCUGCACAAUGUUUGGCUCAGUUUUUUUUCUUCUAUGCAUUUGGAGUUACAGAUACACUUGUCAUUGCUGUCAUGGCUCUGGAUCGCUACAUGGCCAUCUGUGACCCCCUGCACUAUGCUUUGGUGAUGAAUCACCAGCUCUGUGCUCGUUUAUUGGCCUUGAGCUGGUGGGUUUCUGUGGUGCACACUAUGCUGCAUGUGGGUCUCAUCCUGCCCCUGUGUUGGCCUGGGGAUGCUGGGGGCCAUGUUAGCCUUCCCCACUUCUUUUGUGACCACCGACCACUUCUGAGAGCCUCUUGCUCUGACAUCCAUUUCAAUGAGCUAGUCAUAUUUUUGGAAGGUGGCUUUCUCAUGCUGGGUCCCUGUGCCCUUAUUGUACUCUCCUAUGCCCGGAUUGGGGCCACCAUCAUGCGCUUGCCUUCAGCUGCUGGUUGCCUCCAAGCAGUCUCCACUUGCGGAUCCCACCUUACCAUGGUUUGCUUUGUCUAUGGCACUAUCAUUUGGGUCUACUUCCAGCCUCCUUCCCAGAACUCUCGGAAUCAGGAUAUGGUGGCUUCCGUAAUGUACAGUGUUAUUACACCUUUGGCCAACCCAUUAGUUUAUAGUUUCCGUAAUAAGGAUGUGAAAGAUGCCCUCCGCAAGCUGCUGAGACAGGAGGAGAAAGUAAACUGA